UAUCAUUUAACCUUUAAAGAUCCACAGUCACGGUCUAUGGAAGUCGAGACGAAAAUAUCAAUUUUUCCAGUCAGUUUAUCUUAUCCCAUUUUAUUUAUUCUGUAAUAAUUUCUCAAACAUUUAAAGAAAUCAGAAAUAAAUAACAGCCGCGAUUUCCUCGGUUUAAGCUCCAGAUGUUUGGAUGUGGAUUAAAGCCUUUUCUUUCAUUUGCGCUCAUGUCGUUCUAUUGAUGCUUUGAGCUCAGUAGCAAAAUGGCCCCUGCCUUUUCAUUUGUGGGAUUUCGCUGUGCGUUUUUUUUUCUCCCCCCCCCAUUCAGUCAGAUUGUUCAACUGCUAUAGCGCCCCGUUGUUCUCUGUAUGGUUGUGGGCUACAAAGGAGGCAGGCAGCGGCGCGCAAGUCCCGCCUGUAUUUCCCUCUGGAGGAGUCUCAGUCUCGGCGCUUCCGACUGGGGAUUGGAGCGACGGCUUGUCAGUAAAUGAGCCCACCCUUCACACAGUGUGUAUGAGGGGAAACUGAGCCAGACAGUGACGGUUCUGAUCUUCCUCUCUCUCUCCCUCCCUCCCUCCCUCUCUCUCUCUCUCUCUCUCUCUCUCUCUCUCUCUCUCUCUCUCCAGCUGCCUGUCACACCAGCACGCCACAAUACCGACCCGCAGCCGUCCGCCGCGCUGUGACACCUGGCUGGGAUGGAGGGAGAGAUGCAGCCCGCAGAUGAAGGGCCCUGCGCCCCGAAGAUGUGCCGACAACAACGGGGUCCGUACAGCACCCUGAAAACCUUCCAGAGCAAGCGCUCGGCGGGCAAGUCCCGCUUUGACAGGUCCACUGUGGUCGAGGUGCCUCUGUUUGGCGACGGACAUCACUUCACUUUUCAUCCCGAGCAGCCUCAUCCUUUCCAGCCGCACCAUCACCAGCAGCAGCAGCAGCAACAGCAACAGCGUCUGCAGCCGCUCCACCAAACCAGCGUCGCUAUCAGCAGCAGCCAGCAGCAUCAUCAGACGCCUCAGCAGCAGCAGCAGCAGCAUCGUUUCCCAUGUGAGAGCAGGCCCAGCAGCAGGGUCCCGACAUCCACCUCAGCGGCGGCGGGCAGUGUGGCGGCGGCAGCAUCCCUUGGUACCCAGCAGCGGCGUGCCAGCGGCGGCGGCGGAGCGGAGCCCAGAUUCUCUCCAGACUGCACCUACGGUAUCAGUUCAGAAAACCGUCUCAUCUUGGAUGCCUUUGCCCAGCAGUGCAGCCGAGUCCUCAGCCUCCUCAACAACGGCCGUCUCCUGGAGCCUUCCUCCUCCUCCUUCACCUCUAACAUCAAGCUGGAGGACACUCAGGGGCUUCACUGCUCCUCACUGGGGAAAUCCAAACCUGAAGAAAGCUCUUCCACCACAGACCCAGAAGAGGAGGCUCAACAAAGCCAUUUGAACCAACAACAGACCUCUGCCGUUCUCCGCAUCUUCACAGACUCCCUACAGAACUAUCUCCUCUCAGGGCCUCAGCAGCAGCAGCAACAACAUCUGGCUGCAGGUCUGGAGGACGAGCAGUGUCCUUCGGCCGAGCCUGGCUCUGGGGUGUCGCCUCCCAGACACAGCCUGGGAGGCUGGGGCUCGCCCGCUCCGUCCGAGUCCUACGGCCACCCGUCGUCCACACUGCCUGAGGAGGAAGAGGAGGAGGAGAGCUGCUGUCCACGCUGCCUGGAGCUGGAGCAGGAGGUUUUGUCUCUGCAGCAGGAGAACGAGGAGCUUCGCAACAAGCUGGAGAACAUCCCAGUUCCCUGUCAAAAUGUUCUUGACUACUUCAAGACUGUUCUUGAGUUUCACAACCAGCUGAUCCAGCCACUGCCAGAGGAGCAGCUCACAGAGGAAGAAGAACGACAAACUGUCUUUGAGGGCAGUAAACAGCUCCUGGAGAACUAUCCUCUUUUCAUCACUAAUAAGCAGUGGGACGAAGCCGUCAACUCCUCCAAGAAAGAUGGCAGACGACUGCUGCGCUACCUGAUACGCUACGUCUUCACCACGGAUGAGCUCAAGUUCUCCUGUGGUUUGGGCAAAAGGAAGCGUUCAGUCCACUCAGGGGAGCCGGGCCUGGAGAGACGACCGCUCAACCCCGUCAAAGUCAGCUGCCUCAGAGAGUUCAUCCGGAUGCACUGUGCCUCAAACCCAGACUGGUGGAUGCCGUCAGAGGAGCAGAUCAACAAAGUGUUCAGCGAUGCCGUCGGUCACGCUCGUCAGGGCCGGGCUGUUGGCACGUUCCUGGGCAGCAGCGGCAGCGGCAGCAGCACCAGCAGCCUCUACAUGGACAGCUAUGAUGGACAUCUGUCGCAGGACGAACUGUACUUGAAAGGCUGCCAGAACGGCCAGUCAGACUGAAGUCACAGAAAUGUAGCCUGAAAUGUAGCUGUACAACGACAUAUCCCAAAACACUGACCUUAUCCUGUCACUUUACACAGUGAAGAAAACAUUCCAGAAGAGGUUUAUCAUACAGAAUAUAACUACUGUCCUCUUUUCAGAUAGUUUUGUAGCCUUUUGCCAUUUUUAUACCUAAAAUUUUGUUUAGUCCAAAUCUGACUCUUAAGGUGCAUUUUAAAUUUUACAAAAUUUUAGUCUUCCAUCUGCUGCAUUUUAAUGUUUUGAGCAGUUAUGUCAUUUUCAGAGGAAUAUUUCUGUUUAUUUAGUUUAGUUUUUUGGGGCUGGAGUAAUGUUUUGUACACACAGAUCAUUUCAUUUUUUCACAGUUCACAUGCAUAUUUAAAAGUCAUCAGGAACCUGUUUGUGUUGAUGUUGCCCAAGUUAGAGACUUGUCACAUCCGUCACUGACACUGCAUCCUCCAUCACCUACAUCAUGGUAAGUAGCAUUUUAUUUUAUUUUUUUACUCAAAAUUCUGAUGGCGAAGCACCUUUACUUCUAUAGGAGUGCCUCUGAGAAAGUCAUGUUUUGUUACCUGUAGCCUUGCACUUUGCAUCCCCAUUUUAGUCUUCAGUUGAGCCAGUUUAUCUCUUUUACAGAAACACAUAUUUAGAAAGAAAGAAUUUCCAUUGUGCUCAAAUGUAGCUUCUCUCUGGCUGAGGAAACAUUGUGGUCAAGGCCAGUCUGUUUUUGAUUUUCAGGAUAUGCAACUAAAACAAAACGUGUGCCACACUGCAGAUUUGGCACCUUUAGUGUUAUAUUCACAGCUUUCAAAACGUACUUAUUUCUUAAUGUGCUUUCCAGUACAACUUCACCCAAAAGUUUAAUAAUUGGCUAUCCAGAGAUCUUUCCUAAAUUCAUUUGUAUGUAGCAGUGAUAUGAAAUGCAAAAUAGACUGUUUCUUUUUUACUCAAAUAACUGCCUUUUUAUAGCAUCAAAUUUUUGCUGUAUUUGUCACACACCCCGAUACAAAAAGGCUUGUAGGAAUUCAACUGUAAUGUCUGUCUAUCCAAGUAGAAUUUACUGUUUACUUUUACAAACACUCCACUGUUAUGUUGUUGCAGCACUCUGAGAAGACUUUUUGUGUCGGGACGGAUGGACGUUGAGUCUUUAAGUUUAAGGUGGCUGCCAUAUAAUAAUGCCUUAAACAUGUUAGAGAACCUCCACAGUGUAAAGUGUUAAAGCUGUGUGUGUCAGAAAUCAUGUAAUGAGGGUUGUUUCUGUCUCAACCUUAAGUUACAAAGCUAAAGUAUCUUGAUAAUGACAGAAAAUAUCCACUUCUAAACAAUAAUCUGUUGUCCCAAGUGGAAACAAACUGGGCACUUCUUUCUUUCUGAAGCUCUUAUUUGCACUUUUAAGUGUCUCAUUGUAGCUAAAGCUGCUCUACAGUGACAAGAAGUCAAAGCAUUUUUAUUCUUUGCAUAUAUUUUACUUGGCACUCAGCAACUCCACUCCAUGACGUUGUUUUCUACGUUUGAAUGUACCAGAUUUAUUAGGUCAGUUUGCCACGUCGACAGUGCUGUGUAAAUGUGUAUUAUAAAGUACAGUUAUAGUGUGAGGUGUUCUUGAAAUACAGCGUCUCUCUCUCCUUAAAAAGCCAAGUAGAAAAGUGCCACAGAAACCUUAAAACAGUUGGAUUCUGUCGUUGUGUUGCUGUUCUGAAUGUGAGCGUUCAUUUGUAUUUACUCCUUUACCCUCAAAGUGGCUGUUAUCAACACUGUGAAACAUCAGUCGGAUUUUUACAGAUCUAAUAGUUUCUGUUGUUUUUUUAUUUAUAAUAAAUAAAACAAGCACUGAAGCUGAAAAUUCUCUAUCUAUCUAUCUAUCUAUCUAUCUAUCU